UAAUUAACGGAAAAGUCUACUCAACUUGUCUGUUGGGCUCUUUGCUUUCCAAUUCCACUCCUUGGUUCUGUACAAAGUAUUAUCUAUCGUCUUUCCUCCUCCCUCUCCGCUCUGCUUCUGUGAAUUGUGAUCCCACGGCCGGGCGCCGAAACCGCCAAUUUCAGCACAGAGAUGGGGGUAUAUCUCAGCUCCCCUAAAACUGAGAAGGUCUCAGAAGAUGGUGAGAAUCAUAGACUUCGAUAUGGGUUGUCCUCCAUGCAAGGGUGGCGUGCAACCAUGGAAGAUGCUCAUGCAGCUUAUCCAGAUUUGGACAGUUCCACAUCUUUCUUUGGCGUUUAUGAUGGACAUGGAGGCAAAGCAGUGGCAAAGUUCUGUGCUAAGUAUCUUCACCAGCAAGUGCUGAAGAAUGUAGCUUGUUCAGCUGGAGAUUUGGGUACUUCUGCACAGAAAGCCUUUCUCAGAAUGGAUGAGAUGAUGCGUGGACAGAGGGGGUGGAGGGAGUUAGCCAUAUUGGGUGAUAAGAUAGAUAAGGUUUCUGGUAUGAUAGAGGGACUGAUAUGGUCACCUAGGUCUGGUGAAGCGAAUGGCCAUAUUGAUGAUUGGUCUUCAGAGGAGGGACCUCAUUCUGAUUUUCAUGGACCAAAUUCUGGAAGCACAGCAUGCAUUGCAAUGAUUCGAAACACUCAACUUGUUGUUGCCAAUGCUGGUGAUUCACGUUGUGUUAUAUCCAGGAAGGGUCAGGCAUAUAAUUUAUCAAAAGAUCACAAGCCUGACCUUGAGGUUGAGAAAGAUAGGAUUCUGAAAGCUGGUGGUUUCAUACAAGUUGGACGUGUUAAUGGAAGUUUGAACUUGGCUAGGGCAAUUGGUGAUGCAGAGUUCAAGCAGAACAAAUCACUCCCGGCUGAGAAGCAAAUCGUAACUGCCAAUCCAGACAUAAAUACUGUUGAGCUUUGUGAUGAUGAUGAGUUUCUUGUUCUUGCUUGUGAUGGCAUUUGGGAUUGCAUGUCAAGCCAACAGCUAGUGGAUUAUGUGAGGGAGCAGUUAAACAAUGUAAGGAAAGUAAGCUUUCAGCAAUCUGUGAGAAAGUUUUUGACAGAUGUUUGGCACCUGCUGUUGGUGGCGAGGGAUGUGACAACAUGACCAUGAUCAUAGUGCAGUUCAAGAAACCGAUCAAUCCAUCUCUAGGGCAGCAGUCACUCGCUUCAGCUCAACGAUCUGAGUCUAACACAACUGCAGUGAAGAUCGGUGAAGGUUCAAAGGAAAUCAAAGAAUGAGUAACAGGAGUCCAAAUAUACCUACUUAGUGGUAUUUUUUUUUUUCUUCAAGUUCACGCAAGACUUGAACAAUUAGGAAGCCAGUUCUUAUGAUUGUAAAUGAUGAGUUUUAUUUUUUUGGCCCCAGCUAUCCACGCAAUUCGAGUUUCUAUACAUGUAUAUUUGUUGGUUUCUUUAGAAUUUUAAGCUUAUUGACAGAGUCCUUAUUCAGCAAUUCCACGACUUUGAGAUUUGGAUA